UCGAUCGCCCUCAAAUAGAAAAAUCGUCUGGCUGCGCCGGUAGAGAACUUUAGCUAAACAUUCAAAAAGUUAGAUAAUUAUAAAUUUGCGUCUUUAAAUUUGUGUGUCAAAAUAAUGAGUUUACUUGUGAGACGCCUUGGCACGGAGAUUCUGGCAGCCCGAACCGGAUUCAAGUUGCUGCCGCGAUCGUUCUGUUCCGCAGCGCUAGAAUCAAAGGAAAUCGACAAACUGGUCCGCAACAAUAAGGUAGUGGUGUUUAUGAAGGGCAACCCGGAGGAACCCCGGUGUGGCUUUAGUAAUGCGGUAGUCCAGAUCCUGCGAAUGCAUGCCGUUCGGUAUGACAGCCACGAUGUGCUGCAAAAUGAAGCGCUGCGUCAGGGUGUCAAGGACUAUUCGAACUGGCCAACUAUCCCGCAGGUGUUCAUCAAUGGUGAGUUUGUUGGCGGGUGUGACAUAAUGCUUCAGAUGCAUCAAAACGGUGAGUUGAUAGACGAACUGAAAAAGGUCGGAAUCAAGAGUGCUUUAGUUGAGGACGAUGACGGCAGCGAUAAGAAGUAGACGAUUUCCUGGUUUCCUCACAAUAUGUUGGUAUUUAGUAUUAGAUGACGUUUUACUUGAGAUUUUAA